GAGGGAGAGGCCGCUGCGCAGUUCCCGGAGAGGCUUCGACCGUUCUUGGCGGAGGCAGAAGCGGCAGCGGAGGCGGCCUCGCUGCGAAGGAGCCUUUCCCCUCACAAGCGGCCCCCACAGCCGGCUCUCCCCCCGCCGCCGCCAUGGUGAAGAUCGCCUUCCAGUCGCCCUUCGCCCACAAGGACGAGCCCAAGAAGGAGGCGGCCGAGGCCCUGGUGGCCGAGCAGGACCCAGAAGUUGCAACACACAACCGUGAAGGUUCCUCUGGAAGAUGUCUGCUGACUCUUUUGGGACUUGCGUUCAUUUUAGCUGGAGUAGUGGUUGGGGGAGCCUGCAUCUACAAAUAUUUCAUGCCAAAGAACAAAAUGUUCCGUGGUCAAAUGUGUUACGUGGGAGAAGACGAUCGGACCCAGGCCGCCGAGCCAUAUUUCCUGCCCAUUGCCGAAGAAGCUGAUAUCAGAGAAGCAGAUAACAUUGCCAUCAUUGAUGUACCUGUUCCAAAAUUCUCUGACAGUGAUCCGGCUGCUAUUGUGCAUGAUUUUGACAGACUCCUGACAGCCUACCUUGAUCUCCAGCUUGGUAACUGCUACGUGAUUCCUCUGAACACCUCUAUCGUUAUGCCACCACGGAACCUGAUCGAUCUUUUUGCAAAAUUAGCGACGGGUUCCUACUUGCCUCAGACUUACCUUGUUCGUGAGGAAAUGGUUGUGACUGAAGAGAUUGAUAACGUAUCAGAACUGGGUGUCUUCAUUUACCAGCUCUGUGUAGGGAAGGAAACCUUCAGACUUCAGCGCAGAGAGAAGAUCAUUGGCCUUCAAAAGCGCUCUGCUGAAAAGUGCCACAUAAUCCGACACUUUGAAAACGUGUUUAUUGUUGAAACCAAGUUCUGUCAGCAAUGAAAAGUAUAGGGUGGAAAAUGACAAUCACGCAUCUUCAUUAAAACUCCAAGCUUUACACCUUCAGUUUCAGAAUUAAAUGUGCAGUGAUAAUCAAAAGCCUUAUGUUUCCUUUUCUGUGAAUUGCUUAGAUGAAAAGAAAAAAAAACCCUUUAAAUCCACAAUAGGCUUUUCUUUGAAACUUGUGGUGCUGCUAAUUUUUUCAGCUCCUUCAAUUUUGAAUAGUAACAUUUCAAAAUGGAUUAUUCUCUUAAAAACAUCUGUAUGUCUGUUUUAGACUGAAGAAACAAGUUGAAAUCCAAAUACCAGUUCCUCCAUAAACAUGUAAUCGAAUCAUUACUUGACUCUCUCACAAAAACCUAAUACAUUAAUCUCUAGUUUGCACAUUAGUUUCUAGCUUCAUAAAAAUGUUCUGCACUUGGUUUUCCACUAAGAAAACAAAAAAAAGACACAUCAACAUUUUAAGGGUUUUAUUUAAACUUCAUUUGUGAAGCAUGUAACUUUAACCUUGAUAAUCAUAAGCAGCUAACAUUGCUUUUUUCAUUUUGUGCAAUUACUGUAUUAAAUUUGUAUGUAUAUUUGGAGCCUAUCUUGAGCUGACUUUACUACUUUUAAUUCCUCCCUUCUGUUUGUUGUGAUAUUUAGUUGUAUAGCUAAGCACAUUUAUUCUUAAAAGCUUUUACAUUGGUAUUUUGGUUACUGGACCUACUUCUUAACAUCUUAGAUCCAAAUGUAUGUGAUUUAAUAUUUUUAUUAGGUCCAGGUUUCAGUGUUUCCAUAGCUAUAAAAUUCCUAUCUUGUGAAACUUCUAGAGCAGACCUUACGAGCAAGUUACCACUAUUACUGCAGAAAGCUUAUCCUUGUUUGGGAUUGUGGUCUGAGUUGGUAAAGGGAUUUCUAGAGAGCUGCAAACCGAGUAUUUUAUAAGGGACUUUAUAUUUCACACAGAUUGUGGCAACCCUCUAAUAAAUGUUUCUCUUAAGAU